AUGGCGGCUGUCAUGAGAUUUGUCAACAGAAACCGUUUUGGUUCUAGAAUGGGUCAUCAAUGUUUAUCCUUGAGUUGUCCAGCAGCAGUGGCAAAAUCGGUAAGUCCAUGUGUUUUUCUUUUUCAAUGUAUCCUCAAUGCAGUGGCUUGCUUUUUUGACUAGCUACAUUUGAUUGCGAAUGAGUGCACUUUAAACAGAAGUGCCUGUUAGCUUACGUUUGAUAUCUAGCUACUACAGUACCAGUAUCUUUGAUACUAAGUUAGCUAGCUAUUUUUGUUAGAAUUGAUCCUAAAAGCCGCUUAUAAAAUGUGUGUGAUACUAUAUUUUGGUAUAACGAGCAAAGACAUAGCCAUAAUGCGAUAUGGUUUGCCUUAAUCUGAGCGUGUGUGGUUCUUGUAGUUACGUGCACUGUCUCAACGCUCUGUUGACAGUUUCAGGUUGGUGCAUCUGCAGGGAAACCUCUCCCAGAGAGGGUAAAGAUAGUGGAGGUGGGACCCAGGGAUGGCCUGCAAAAUGAGAAGGUAAUAUUCCACUUUAUUAGGAUUUGAUACUUUUAAUCAGUCCACCAGUGAAUUACAUAUUUUUGGUGGUCCAUUGCAUUGAGCGGGUGGGCGUGUCACUCAAACUCAUGAGGAAAAAGUUAGUCCUUCCAGUUAUGGGGAACUGGGUCAAAAGCCACCGGUUGCAGAUGUUAUUGUCAUAACUCAUGUCUCUCUCCUGUUGGCCCUGUCAGACUGUCGUCCCUUCUGAAGUUAAGAUUCACCUGAUUGACAUGCUCUCAGAGGCGGGUCUUUCUGUCAUCGAAGCCACAAGCUUUGUCUCCCCAAAAUGGGUUCCACAGGUGAGCUUACUAGAGUGAUUUGGGACCAUGAUUUGGGGAAUUUUUAUGAAAUUGAAUGCCAUAGAAGGGUCCUUUGGAAGGAUUGUUGACAUAUAUUUGACAUUCGUAUCUUAAUUGAGAAAUAAUUAAUUGAAGCCUCCUUUAAGACUCCAUAAUGUUUCAUCUGUAUGUGCUACAAAGGAAAAAGGUGUAUCAUAUGAAGCUUUACCACUUGCUCUGUAAUAUGAGUAGUAUUUUGAUUUCAAUAACAAAUUUCUUACAUUCAUAUAUGAAUAUUGAAAAAGAUAAACAUAAUUAUAGAAAAUAUAAAAAUGUAUAUUGUUAUAUAUCGAUAUAUUGUUGAACUAGUUCCAGAGUGGGAUCUCGUCUAGUUUUAGAGUUAUGGCCCAUUUUUAUACAGAGAAAUUGGCAUAGUAGGCAAUCACAGCCCUCCUUUUACUUUUAUUAUUUAUUUUGAAUUACCCUUAUUUUACCAGGUAAAUUGACUGAGAACUCAUUCUCAUUUACAGCAAUGACCUGGGGAAUAGUUACAGGGGAGAGGAGGGGGGAUGAAUAAGCCAAUUGGAAGCUGGUGGUGAUUAGGUGGCCAUGGUAUGAAUGCCAGAUUGGGAAUUUAGCCAUGACACCAGGGUUAACACCCCUACUCUUACGAUAAGUGCAAUGGGAUCUUUCGUGACCACAUAGUCAGGACACCCGUUUAAUGUCCCAUCUGAAAGACUGCACCCUACCCAAUCACUGCCCUGGGGCAUUGGGAUAUUUUUUGGGGGACCAGAGGAAAGAGUGCCUCCUACUGGCUCUCCAACACCACCACUUCCAGGAGCUUCUGGUCUAAGCAGGACCAACCCAGUUUAGCUUCAGAGGCAAGCCAGCAGUGGGAUGCAGGGUGGUAUACUACUGGAUUGUAUCAUUGCACAUCCUGCAAAUCACCAGCAGAGUGUGACCAAUUUUAAUCCAGUUUCACAUUCACUCUGUUGGUAACGCUUACAAAUUGGAUCAUAACUCAAACUAGCAGAGAUCCUACUUUGGAGCUUUGAUAUGCCCGUACAGUAAAUUAUGUUCAACAAUUUAUUGAAAAAUUAGACAAAUCAAAUGUUUGAUAUUUUCAAUAUUCAUGUUUAUGUUUUUCAAUAUUGAUACAUUGUAAGAAAAUUAUUGAAAUCAAAUACUGCUCAUAUUACAGAGCAAGCGGUAAAGCUUCAUUUGACACCCAUUUUUCCUUUAUAGCAUAUACAGAUUAAACAUUAUUAAACUCUUGCUGUUCAGGAGACUCUCAGGUAUGUUGUGGUGGACUGUCAUUACAAUUGCUUCACAGGAAUCUGGUAAAAUGAAGUUUGAAGUGUGCCUAACCACUGGAUCGGUCUAAAUGCACUGUCGGCACGCAGUGAAAGCUACUAACCACUUUUCGAGCUACAGUGCCUUCAGAAAGUGUUCAUACCCCUUGACACAACAUUUUGUUGUGUUACAGCUUGAAUUCAAAAUUAAUUAAAUGUAUUUUUUCUCUUACACAUCUACACACAAUACCCCAUAAUGACAAAGUGAAAACAUGUUUUCAAAUUUAUUGAAAAUGAAAUAUCAAAUUUACGUUGUGAAGGAAAGUUUUAUGUUUGUGCUUUUCUAAUAACCAAUUUGACAGGGUUCAUGCAAGUGACUGAUUGAUCGUGCCUGGGAGGAAUCAGUAUAAACAAUUUGGCAGUACGCCCAGAACAUUGUUUUGAGAACGGAAAGGGAUAUCUCAGUUUCAAGGUCUCAGCUUGAAGAAGAAGCCUCAUGAGGUAUUGGUCGGUCACAUGCAUGAACCAAAAGUUAAUGAUGAAUUAAUAAUGAAUAAUGUAAAUCAUGCAUAUAUAACUUGUCUGUGUAAGCAGUAUUUAAGAUAACUAACGGUACUGCCCCGAGGGAGCUCCUGACAGACGUGUACUACUUGGUGCGUUGAAUUUGUUGGAACCUCUCCAGCUUGCUGAUAAUAAAGAAUGAUUCAUUUAAUAUUGAAUUCAGGUGUUCCUGGUGUUAAUUUCCACGACAAUGUAUUCACACCCCUUUUACUAUGACACUCCAAAUUGAGUUCAGGUGCAUCCAAUUUCCUUUGAUCGUCCUUGAGAGGUCACUACAACUUGGAGUCCACCUGUGGCCAUUUCAAUUGUUAGGACAUGAUUUAGAAAAACACCUGUCUAUAUAAGAUCCCGCUGUUGACAGUGCAUGUCAGAGCAGAAACUAUACCAUGAAGUCUGUAGAUCUCCAAGAUAUAAUUUUGAUGAGGCAUAUAUCUGGGGAAGUUUAUAGUGUUGAAGGUUUCCAAGAGCACAGUGGUCUCCAUCAUUAGGAAAUUGAAAAAAUAUAGAACUACUCCGACUGCCUAGAGCUUGCCAUCCGAACAAACUGAGCAACCGGGCAAGAAGGACCUUGGUCAGGGAGGUGACCAAGAACCGAAUGACCACUCUGACAAAACUACAGAGUUCUUUGGCUGAGAUGGGAGAACCUGCCAGAAGGACAAGUCUCUACAGCACUUCAACAAUCUGGGCUUUAUGGGAGAGUGGCCAGACGGAAGCCACUCCUGAGAUAAAAGCACAUGACAGCAUGCCUGGAGUUUGCAAAAAGGCAUGUGAAAGACUGUGAGAAUAAUGUGAAAUAUUCUGUGGUCUGAUGAGACAAAAGUUUUACUCUUUGGCCUGAAUGCAAAGCGCUAUGUCUGGAGAAAACCAGGCACAGCUCAUCACCUGUCUAACACCAUCCCUGCCAUGAAGCAUGGUGGUGGCAGCAUCAUGCUAUGGGAAUGCUUUUCAGUGGCAGGGACUGGGAGGCUUGCAAGGAUAGACGGAACAAUGAAUGGAGCCAAAUACAGGCAAAUCCUUGAUGAGAACCUGCUUUAGAGUGCAAAUGACGUUAGAAUGGGGUGAAGAUUUACGUUUCAACAGGACAAUGACCCCAAGCAUACAGCCAAACCAAUGCUGGAAUGGCUUCAGAAGACCAAUGUGAGUCCUUGAGUGGCCCAGCCAAAGCCCAGACUUGAAUCCCAUGGAAAGACUUGAAGAUUGUUGUUCACCGGUGCUUCCCAUCUAACUUAACAGAGCUUGAGAAAAUCUGCAAGGAAGAAUGGGAGAAAAUCCCUAAAUCCAGAUGUGCAAAGCUAAUACAGACAUAGCCAAAAUGACUCAAAUCUGUAAUCGCCGCCAAAGGUGCUUCUACAAUGUAUUGACUCGGGUGUGAAUACUUAUGUAAAUUAGAUAUUUCAUUUUCAGUAAAUUUGCAAACAUUUUGAAAAACAUGUUUUCACUUUGUCAUUAUGGAGUAUUGUGUGUAGAAAUCGAUUUGAUCAAUUUUGAAUUCAGGCUGUAACACAACAAAAUGUGGAAUAAGUCAAGGGGUAUGAAUACAUUCUGAAGGCACUGUAACUAGUGCACACCGAUCAUAUCCUGGUGUCGACAGCAGAUAAGUUAGCAAUAUUAUGCAUAUAACUUAGCUAGCUAACAUGAGCCAAGCUCACGUUUAAAUUGCAUGAAAGCCAGUGAGGGCCAUGGCAAAAACCUGAGAUUCUUCUCUAAAAAAUGAUUGUGUAAAUGGUUAAUUAAUUGAACAGUGCACAGCCUGUUGAUGGAGUAUUUUUCUAAUACUAAAUUAUACUUUUGUUACAUUGUUCGCUAACUCAGCUGGUUAGCUAGCUCUGUCUCAUUGACCACCAUAUGUUGCUAACGCUAGCUAGCCACUUAAUAUAACUUGUUUUCUCAAAAUGUAUGUUUAGCCAAGUUAGCAAUGUUAUGAAUACAACUCCCAUCUGCUGUUAGUUCCAAAAGUGGUUAUAGCUUUGAUUACAUGCUUACAGUGAAUUCAGAGCCAUUCAGUGGUUCGCUAUACUACAAACAUAAUGUUACCAGGUUCCCGUGAAGCAAUUGUAAUGACAGUCCACUACAACAUACCCUAAGAGUUUCCUGAUUAGCAAGGGGUAGUCUGAUUAGCAAGUGGCCUGAGGGAACACACUAAAUGUAUUGGGUAAAGUGUUAUGAAAUGUAAUGUCAUGUAAUAUUUAACAUUGUAAAUAACUGCCUUAAUGUUGCUGGACCCCAGGAAGAGCUAAUGGGGAUCCUUAAUAAAUACAAAAUAGUCUGUUUUAAUUUCAUUGUGUAUUAGAAACACAGUUUGAGAUCAUUGUGAGGGGAUUUUGCAAGUGGAUGAAUUGGGCUUCCCGCGAAAAUGUUGUCCAAAAUUGCAACAAUAACCAAGGGUGGCAGGGGCUUAACGAAGGCUCAAUUGCAUAGUUUGUGAUGUGUCCUCAGAGACGGAAGAGGAAGCGAGACAUCACACUCCCUCAUUUCUUCGAGUUCAUAUACAGUCAGUGAACUAAGCAGACCAGUCGCAGCUGCUAAUGCAUCGGUGUCUAUGGGAGAGCUACCCCAUUAAGCAGACCGGAACCUUACCAUUUUUAAAAAUGGUAAACGGCUUGAAUGGGACAUCUUCAUUUAUCCAUCAUCUUUGGUGUCUUUUCCCCCCUGAUGGGCAGAUGGCAGACCAGGUGGAGGUAAUGAUGGGGAUCCACAGAAGGCCAGGUGUGUCCUACCCUGUUCUGACCCCCAACCUCAAGGGAUUCCUGGCAGCUGUAAGUUCCUACCUGGGCUCCAUGCCACUCUGCUUAUGUCACCUCAAUAUCAUAUCUAUACACAAAUAACUUAAAAACCAAGAAGUUGGAGUAACUCAUGUUUUGUGAAUUCCAUCAAGCCUCAUCAUACACUGUUGUAGAAGCAGUGUCCUAUUUUUAUACUGUAGGUAUCGAGCAAGUAUUUUGCUGUUUAUUUUCCCAGGUGAAGGCAGGAGCAGCAGAGGUGGCCAUAUUUGGUGCCGCCUCGGAGCUGUUCAGUAAGAAGAACAUAAACUGCUCUGUGGAUGAGAGCCUGCAGCGCUUUGAGGAGGUUACCAAAGCAGCCAAAGAGGCCGGCGUGCCAGUCAGAGGGUAAGACGUACUGACUGACGGAUGGACAAAGAAGCUGAGGUAGAAUAUGAGGAGCAAUGAUUGUUGAUGGAGACAAUCUGUGAAAUGCUGUAGGGUUGUUCACAUUUCUCUUAAGACGUCAGGUUGUUUCACUCCAGGGUAUGUCUCACCUCCUUGCUCUGUUCCCUCAGGUAUGUGUCAUGUGUGCUGGGAUGCCCAUAUGAGGGCAAGGUGUCACCAGACAAAGUGGCUCAGGUGAGUUCCUCUGACUCAGACCAUGCCCAGUAUUCUUUCACUGAGAACUGUCUUAUCUUCCCUUAUAAAUGUCAUUAUACUGCAAAUAGAUUUUAUUGAACAUUGUCAUAGAGCUAUAAACCUGCUUGAGAAUUUCACUUGUGACUCUUUAAUGCAGGUAGCCAAGCGUCUGUACUCCAUGGGUUGCUAUGAGAUAUCUCUGGGCGACACCAUAGGCGUGGGCACACCGGGUGGCAUGACUGAGAUGCUGGAGGCGGUGAGCAGGGAGGUGCCCGUCAACGCUCUGGCAGUCCACUGCCAUGACACCUACGGUCAGGCCCUGGCCAACAUCCUCAUCGCCCUGCAGGUACUGUUUAGACCCAGUUGGCAUUAGAUAGAACAUCGUAGCCCGCUCGCCUCGGGGGAAAACAACCCGUUGUUACCCCAUUGGCUCACAGCAAAAACGUGACAUUUUUCAAACGCAAUUUUCUUGUUGUCUGCUUGUUUUCGUCAAUUACAAAACUACAUUUAAGAAAGGUACAACAUGUCUAUGAAGAUUACAUUUCAACAUUGCCUGCUUUAGAGUGUUCUCACUUCUUCGAAAAAUGUGACGGCGCCAGUAGCCACGCGAGCGAGUGCUAGCUUGCUACCGACAAGAACAUUAAGAUAGCCAAGACCAACAACACAAACAAACAGACUAUACAGCUACAAGAGUGAGUGGAGUUAUAAAGGACUAUACUAAACAAGUUAAAUGACUUAACUGUGAUUAAAAGUUUUCUACACACAUAGCUACGCGUAGCCUACUUGGACACCGGGUCCCCACAUUUCCCACUCUCCCACCCCGAAUAGCCUGAAGCCACAGGGCUCUUCUCGCAGGCUCUAUUUCCCUACGUGGGAGCACUGCAAACCGUAGGUUGGGAUACCUGGUUACAUGUACUGUACAUUAAACAACAUACAACAAAAAAUGGGGGUAUGUUUUCCCCAAUUUGCAGGCGUUGUCGAGAGGAAUUCCUUCUUAUGACGUGAAUAUCGACUCGGAGCAUAGACCUGAAGCUGAGUGCAAUAUAGAGGACUCCUCUGAUUGCUGUAUGAAUAGUAGUGGAAUUCUACUGGCCUGCAUUUGAUGAAGAUGCUGUUUGAUUUUGCAGAUGGGCAUCAGUGUUGUGGACUCGUCAGUGGCCGGCCUGGGCGGGUGUCCAUAUGCACAGGGGGCCUCUGGGAAUGUGGCCACAGAAGAUGUGGUGUACAUGCUGCAUGGACUUGGCAUUCAGACGGUGACCGCUUACCUCUCUUUUUACCAGUCUCCCACUUUCACUUCCUCCCUCAGUUCAAUGGAAUCUGGCAAACUGUUACGAGAUAGUGUCCUACUUCCUCUGUAUUGAAAGCAUCAUUGUCAUCAGUGUUUACUAGAAACACAGUGUUUGAUCUGUAGGAGUCCCAGUUAUCUUUUUAAACUGGUCAGUGCACAUGUGAGAGUUCCCUGUUUGUGUGUGACUGUCCUCCCUCUCCCUCUGUCUCAGGGAGUGGACCUGCCAAAGCUGAUGGAUGCUGGAGCUUUUAUCUGUCGUUCCCUGAACAGAAAGACCAGCUCUAAAGUGGCCCAGGCCACCUGCAAACUCUGA